ACCGUUAACCCGUUUUAGGUUAUGUGAUGUCGUCUUAAUGUUUAAACAAAAUAUUGGAACUAGGGUAGUCUUUAGUGAAAUUAUUUUCACACCUUUGUUUUAGUCUAAAAGUGUCAUAUUUAUAUUGAUUAUCUUUAAAAUUUUCAGAGAUAGGACUAGCUAUGCCUCAGGCAGAUGUUUCAAAGCUUGUGUCCCAGUUAAAAAUUAACAUAAGCCCUGGAUACAGAAGGUUAAAGAAUAUCAAAGGACCAGAAGGAAGACAUGAAAUUUUAAGGAAGAUUUUAACUGGGUUAUUUAAGUAUGAAAGGAUAGAGCUGAAAUACACUAAGGCAGAUGAAGCUAGAGGAUAUGCAGAACGGUUGAUUUCUGAAGCUAUCAGACAUGGUGACACCCACAAGCCGACAAUGGAGUUAGCAGACUAUUGGAUAGAAGACAAGAGAGUAGUUCACAAACUAUUCAAAGUGCUGGCUCCACGCUAUGAAAACUACAACAUAGCUUACACAAGAAUGUUUAAAGUUUCAGGAUUUUACCCAGAAGGUGGUUUCCCUAAAUCUGUUUUGGAACUUAAAGGUAACCCGUUUCCUCCAUUAACAACAGAUCUGUCAAAUAACAGAAGUCUUCUUCACAACGUGUUGUUGGAUGAAGCGAAAAAAGAGUACAGAGCAGAGAAGUAUGCAGAAAUGGCAGAACAGUUGUCUGCCGAGUCCAGCAAUGAAGAAAAUUCAACUACUGUUGGUAAAAAUGACAGCGUAACUGAAGAUCACUCUGACAAGGCAGUCGUUGACGAUUCAACAAGUGAAAAGAGUGAAAAGACAGCUCCUAGCCAAGAUAAUCCUGAUGUUGAAACAAAGAAGUAAUUUAUAGCUUUUUAGAUACUGUAAACAUGCAUUAGUCAUGAGUCAUUUUGUUAAUAAAAAUUAUGGUUUAGUGUUGUGCAAUGUU